AGUAACCUAGUUUCUUUUUUUUUUUCCCAGCCCUUUUUAGUUUUUUGUCUAAAAUUGUUCAGUUAUCCUAAUUUCCAUUGGCUGGCUUGUAUUGUAACAUAUGCCUCAAACGAUUUCAUUGGUUACCUAAAUCUGACCGUGACAAAAUAUAUCGGGAAAUGUUCAUGAAUGGCCGAACCAGAUAUUAACUUCGUAAAUCUUGUCCUUGGUUUUAUAAAAAUAUAACUGCAAUAUUGUGAAAAUAUAACUGUCUAAAAAUAGAUCAUAGCCAGAGAAAAAGAAAGCACAAUUUGUGCAUAGAUCAAGAUCUAUGUCCUCCUCUGCCCAUAUCAAAACGUUAUCAUUCAAUGCCAAUGGCUGACCGUGACAUUUCCGAAAGGAUAAAAAUAACAAAACUCUUUGUGUCAAACAAUAGUAAUAAUACACCAGAAACAGUCGCAGACUCACUAGAGCAGGACGAUUCUGCGAACUUCACCAAAGAAGAUCCAAAUCUCAAUAACGAGGUCGAGGAUUUGGACAAAUUAAGUUCACCUGUGUUUGUAAAAAAGAGUAAAACAAUGCAGCUAAAAGCAGAUGAAAAUGUCCCCAGUUACUCUUGGGAACAGGACAUGUCCAGUGUGACAGUAACGCUUCCACUUAACCCAGAGACUUACAAAACUCAAGAUCUAGAUGUCUCAUUUACAAUAAAGGAAGCCAAUAUCAGAAUUUCAGAUGAUAAAGUUAAAAUUAUUCACUUUUAUGAUGCCAUUCAGAAAGACAGAAGCAGAGUUCAAUUGAAGAGGGAUGCUAUCAAAUUACUUGUGGUCAAGCUUCACCCAGCUGUGUGGCCAUAUCUGGAAGCACAAGAUGAUGAGCAAGAAGACUUGUCUCUGGGCAGCUGUACUAAAACUAUGGAAGUUGAUGACUGUUUAGAUUAUGAUGAUGUUGGCUUAGCAGGCAAAGAAGAUGUAAAGUCGAAGAUGAAAGAGAUGCUGGAAGUUGAACUUGUGGAAAAAGAGGAAGAACCAGUCUACGUCUUAGAACAGAUCAAGCAUGACUUCAUUGAAAGAGGUGACACAUUCACUGUUUGUGUGUAUGUUAAGGAACUAGACAAAGACGCAGUGAAGGUCCUUUUCAUUCCACAAGGCUUUCGGCUCAAUUUUCAAUCUGGAGAUCCCAAAUUUUUGCAGCAACAUAAAGACACAACAAAAGACACAGUCUUUACUUGGCGAGUAAAAACAAGGAAAGACAUUGAACCAGAUAAAUGUAGUUUCGUUGUGAGGCCAAAUAAAGUGGAGAUAAAAAUUGUUAAAAAAACUUCUUCCACCUGGUCUUCCUUGGAGGACCCAGUAAAAGCAGAAGUCAAAGACUCAUCCCGUUCAGACACUUGGAUGCCACUGACAAAGUCUAACUGUUCGUCAUCAUCCAAAACAGUGAAGGACAAUGCUAUAAAUCUAGAAAAGAUAAAAAAUUCAAAGGUUAUGUUUGACGAUAUGGCAGAUAUUGAAGUAAAUGAUGAUAAUCAGGACAGAAGAGCCAUGCCCAUACCAGGCUAUUCUAACAGUCAGCUUGAUGAUGAUAAUGAUGACCCUUCACCUAUCUCUCAGUUUGGAGAUAAUUUAAAAAUGCGGAAUCAGCCUGAUUGGAAUAAACCCACUGCCAAAGUGCAUCCUAUGAACAGCUCUGUGCUUGAGUCUGGCAUGAUUGUUGCCCCAGGUUAUGCUGGACUUGUCAAUCUCGGCAACACUUGCUUUAUGAAUUGCGUCUUGCAGGUUUUGGCCAACACUAGAGAGUUCAGAGAUUAUUUCCUAGAAAACAGAUUUAUAGAUGAGAUCAAUGAGGACAACCCUUUGGGCAUGAGAGGUCAGCUGGCUGACACUUUUGGCCAUCUGUUACAUUCUCUAUGGUCGUGUAAGAAAAUGUGCCUUGAGCCUCGCAGGCUGAAGGAUCUGAUUGCAAAGAAAAAUCACCAAUUCUUCGGCUUUGCCCAGCAUGAUGCACAUGAAUUUUUAGCUUUCCUGUUAGAUGGUCUACAUGAAGAUUUGAACAGAAUAAAAAAGAAGCCUUAUACACCAACCAUUGAUUCUGACUCAAGGCCUGAUGAGAUUGUAGCUGCUGAAGCAUGGUCUCAGUAUAAACAAAGAAAUGAUUCGGUGGUUGUAGAUCUGUUCCAAGGCCAAUAUAAAUCUAAACUAGUCUGUCCUAAAUGUGGCAAAGUGUCCAUCACCUUUGAUCCCUUCCUUUACCUCUCAGUGCCUCUGCCUAAGAAAAUGAAAGUUAUUCCAGUCACCUUUAUGUGGAAGGAAUACUACAAAAAACCUGUCCGGUUUCAAAUACAAGUUGGCCAGGACAGUACUGUAGAGAAACUAAAGGAAGAAUUGUAUGCUAGAACCCAUGUGCUACCUAGUCAUAUACGAGUGUUUGAAACCUAUGCAGGGCGCAUCCAUAAAGUUUUUGGUCAUGGAAGUAGUUUAGCUAAUGUGGAAGCAAAAGAUCUUAUAAUUGCCUGUGAAGUUCUGUCUGAAGAAGUUGCAGGAGAGCCAGUGAAAGAAAUAUUUGUGAUGCAGAGAACUCUUUACCCAUCAGAAUAUCCAUCAAAUUGUGCAUUUUGUCACAAAACUGUUGUAGAUACCAAUCCACUCAAGAGAUGUACUAAAUGUUACAGAGUUGGCUACUGUGACCAAUUAUGUCAAAGAAAUCACUGGAAUGCUCAUAAACCUACCUGCAGUAACUCACCUGAACCUAUUGGCUGCCCAUUUCUUCUCUCUAUUCCUGCUUCAAGAGCCACGUAUAGCUAUCUAGUCAAACACAUGGAAGGUUUUUCUAGGUAUUCUGUAGACAUAUUUCAGCCACCAGUGAAGUCUGAAGGUAAACUGCCAUCCAGCACACUGCCAGUGACCAACUUGAACACUUCCCUUAGCCAGUCCAGUUCCAGUUUAAACAGCUUGGACAGCUUGUCCUCUGCCAGUAGCACCUGCACCCUGACAGGUGACCAGUCAGACCCACAGACACAACUAGAGAGUGGAGGUGAGGAGUCAGAACUCAUUGAUAACCAAGAUAGUGGGCGCUACAGUACUAGUGAUAAAGGUUAUGAAUCAAGUUCCUCAAAGUCCUUAGAAAAGAUAGUUCCCAUGUCCCAUGUCAUGGGAGUCCAGGCAGCAGAAGUGGACAGAGAAAAAGCCACACCUACAUUCUUCAUCAAACCUGUAAAUAAAGAUGGCAUUGGUAUUAAAGUAGCUGACAGGUUUGAGGACAAGGGUGACCAACCUCUGGAUUUAUCCAACUGUGAGAUUUUGUCCAUGGACUGGCGUAAUAGUGAAAAAUUUAAUUCCUAUGUGUUAGUUAGAUCUAAAGAACUUGAAGCAGAGGAAGUGGACAAUCUCAACAAUAUGGCAGCAAGUAACUGGAAUAAGCCCUCUCUUCAUCAAUGUUUGGAAUUGUUUACAGAACCUGAAGUACUGAGUCCAGAGGAAGCCUGGUACUGUCCGUCAUGCAAGAAGCAUGUUGAAGCCACAAAACAAAUGGCUGUCUGGAGAUUACCACACACUCUUAUCAUCCAACUCAAGAGAUUCUCUUUCCAAAACUUUCUUUUGCGCUCAAAGAUAAAAAAGCACAUUGAUUUUCCAACCAGGGGCUUAGACAUGAGUCCGUUCUGUCAGGGCCUUAAAGCAAGUGAUCAGCGUCCUAUAUAUGAUCUGUAUGGUGUGGCCAAUCAUCAUGGACUUCUUAUAGGUGGCCAUUAUACAUCUUAUGUUCGACUGGCUAGUGACGGCACGCCUGGAUCUUCAGAAAUUGGUUGGCGACUUUGUGAUGACAGUUGUGUCACUCCAAUAGCAAAUGAAAAGUCAGUGGUAACAGCGGAUGCAUAUCUACUCUUUUAUCGCCGCCGUGGUUGCCAGGCUGUGAUUGGAAUUCCCCCUUCUUUGUCAUCAGCAAGCUCUAGACGUUUUAUGGACACUGCAUUAGGGGCAGCCCCUGCCCCUUACGCCAUUCCAGAUGAUGAGAGAAAUGGGAACAUAGUCUUUCCUACGCAGAACUCAACCAGGCUCAAAGAAUCCAUCAACAAUAAACUCUUGUGGGACUUGAACAAUGGAGAAGCAUCUGGACGAGCUAGCUUUGAGGCCAUGAACAUAGAGAACAUGAGCAGGGCUCAGGCAGCAUCCUCUACCGACCCCCUGAGCAUAAUGACCCACUACACAUCCAGCAGCAGUCUUUCUCCCAAACUUCUCCAAGGCCCAGUCUACAAAGAUGUGUCCGAAAAGAGUGAUCCUGAGAAAGACUAUUUUGAUUGUGAUAACAGAGAGAUAAACAUACUUAAUGACUAUGAUUUUGUUGAUGCUGAUGACAAUGAUAGAGAGGAUCGGAGUUUUGCGAUGGAUUCUAUGGCUGACUUGGGAUACACAGACAUGGAAGCUGUGGACUAAGUCAAGUUGAAAUGAUCUAAUGUGUGUUAGUUGUUUUUUUUUCAUCCAGUUACCCAUUUCAACAUUAACCAUAAGUUAUUUUGUUGUCUCUGUCUCAACAUCUCUCAGAUGUUGUUGUGUUUGUAUGUACCCAAACAUAUUCAGUAUUAUUUUUUUCUGUUUGUUCUCUCAUGUCUUUGUUUUGUCUCUCAUGUUUUUUUUGUCCUUUCUCUUAUUAUUGAUGAUUCAAUACAUUUACCUGUCCUCUUAAUUACCUGCUAAUUUAUCUGUAAGUAGAAAUUAAGAAUCCCUUUUUUUUUUUUAUGCAUAGACUAUCAAACUUGAUCUAAGUAUCAGUAGCAAUAUCAAUCCAUUAAGUCUUUGAACUAUUUUUAAAUACAAAUGUAGAAUUUAAAAAUAUCUAUGGCCCUUUUUUUCUUAUGAUUGCAUUAAUGCAGAAAGUGUUUCUUUCAAAUUUAGUCAAUAUUUGAGUCACAUGGGCUUACCAGUUAAUCAGACCACAUCAGGACAGGAUCCUUCGGUCCUAAUAAAUGUAUAAGAUUCAUUCAGUACUAAAGCUGGUCCAAUGAACCAGUGCUCUGAUUAACUGGAGACAACUGUAUUUGGGAUCUAGAAAUAGGGUCGUAAAUUCAUUUUAAACUUCCUUAAAAAUAAUCCUUUCAUGUUUUGUCUCUUUUGUAAAUGUGUCUUGAAAUAGUAAAGCUAAGUUUGUACAUUUUUAUGUUUGUUUUACCAUGAACUGAGAUUGUAUAAAUACAUGGGAAAGUUGAGAAAUGGUCAAGUUUCUAACAUAUCAUAAAAACGCAGAGCCUCUAUUUCAAAAUGGCACAGGUUGGUGACAUGGCAACUAUUUUUAACUGUUUGAUCAUUUUCUUCUCUGUGUAAAUAACAAUUUAUUUAUUUAUGUAAAAAAAUCAACAUUUUUAAAGCCCUCCCUUAGUUUGUCUCAACAAAUUGUUAUACAUUUUAAUAUUUUGAAUAAUUAUUUUCAUCUUUAUUAUUUCUAAUAAUAUUUUUGUUUAAAUAAAAGCCUUAAAACUAUUCUUCACUUGUAAAAUAAUACAUAGGCUACAUACAGUUCCAAGAUAAUAGUUAUGGUAAACAUAUUUAAAGUUAGAUUAUUUAGUAUUAGGUCUUAGACUAAUUUAAUGGGUUGGACUGAAUGGUAUGCACAGAACGCUGACAUGUUUGGUUGUGGCCCUAUUCUUUGGAGGUAACAGGAAAUACACACAUAUGCUUGUUGGAUAAUCUAAUAAUAUCACAGUGUAUUGAUCAGAUGCACUGAAGUGGAAUCCUAUCAAGUCUUGGUUGUAAAACUUAUUUAAAUUCUUAGAAGACUAGAUUUCAGUUCACAUUGUUCUUUAAUACUGCACUUGAAUUUUGUUAUCACUUAAAUCAAAUUUUUCUUAAAUAUAGUUAUGUUUUUGUUUUGUUUUUUGCAUGACCUUAAGAAGAUUGGAGCAUAUCAUUUAAACUUUACAUGGUUUUUGUUUAGUCAUUGCUAGUAAACUUUAUUUCACAGCACAAACUGUUAUGUUGAAUGAAGUAAUUAGGUGCCUGGACAAUGAUUCAUUCUCUUUUUUUUUUUAAUCCCAUAAAAUUGUAUAUUUGUUAUCUCAUGUACAGUUACUCUUAUGUGUGCACUUUCAAUGCAUUGUCCAUAAAAGUGUUAAUGGUGGGGGUCAGGGGGUCAUGUGGUUUUCUUAUCGCUGUGCUGUGCUGUGUCCUAUAGUUUAACUAAAAUCAGUAUGCAUGUUCUGUAUUGCCAUCACACUAACACUACAUACUAACGUUUUAUAUUUAAGUAUUGAAAAAAAUAUUUUUUUACUCUUAUGACAGCGCUUGAAAAAAAAAUAGUAAGUUAAAAAAAGUUCUCUAUUUACUUCAUUGUGAAAGUAUUUGCAGUUAGAUUUCUGACAUUUGUUCACAAUAGACAGUUUACAAAAACAUUGUACUUCUGUUUAAUCCAAAGAUGUUUCUUGUUAUAAAUGCAUAUUUCUAUGUGGCACUAUUCUUAGCAAGUCUUAUACUCACACUGGGACACCACUAGAAGAUCAUUUAUUUGCCCCUACAUUAAUGUGUAGGACAUAAAACAAAUUAGUUGAGUUUUUGGCUGUUUAAGGGACCCAGGUUCAAAUCCAAGUGAGUCUUAUAAUUUAUCUGAGUGCUCCCAACUUUAAUACAUGAAACAUUUGGUCAUUGUGCUGGCCUUUCAAUACCAUUGUUUAUAUAGUUCAGAGAAACUGUCAGGUGUUGUAAAUGGCUUAUUUUAGUAUGAUGGCAAUGAUGAAAACAAAUUUGAGCACAAUGAUCUAACAUUGAGCACAAACAAAAGUUUAUAGUACCAUUUGGAUUGUUUUACUUUUAGAAUCUACACUGCACUGUAAUAGAAUCUGUGGUGGCAGCAGUCGGAAGUUUUGUAGUUAAGUCUAAUGUAUACAAUGUAUUUAGAAGCAUAAACGUCACACACACACAUAUAACAAUGUAUUGCUUCAUUUUUUUUUUUUGUUCUUCCCAGUUUGACUUUUAAAAAGUACACUGAUACUGUGUUUCAAAUUUUGUUCUACCACAUUUUUUUUCUCCAAUUUUUCGAUAUGUUGUGUUCUUUUUAUACAAAAAUAAAGAGAAAAAAUUUUGAAUUUUUUA